UGUGUCUCACAUGUCAUUUGGCCUCUUAAGGGUUACGUCAAGGGAGAUUAAGGUAAUGGGCUUUCUUUCACGCAGCCCAUGAGCAUGUCCUGCCCUGACAGGCCUAUUUCAUAUGCGUGUCUAGGAUCAUGGACGCCUUUUAUGUCACAUUGCAUAUCACUUUGGUAUUCCAGUUCAUCUCUUUUGGAUCGUCAACUUGUUUGUUCGGUUGCUCCUGCACAGAUGAUAACUUAGGAAGGUCUUUACUAUGUAUGGAAACCUCCAUGGGAGAAAUCCCAGUGGACAUCCCACAUGAUUUCAUUAAAAUCCGAAUUGAAAAAUCCCAUCUGACUGAAUUACCCCGAGGAUCCUUCUCAAAAGUGCCUGCCUUGGAGUUCCUCUGGCUAAAUUUUAAUGAGAUCGCUCUGAUGAACAUGAAAAGCCUAGAGAGGCUCGCUAACUUGACUGAGCUAAGGCUACAAGGGAACAAGCUGACUUCAGUACCAUGGACAGCAUUUCAGGAUACACCAAAACUCAAGAUUUUGGACCUAAAACACAAUCACCUGGAUGUGCUACCCGAACAUGCUCUGAGAUAUUUACCUGCGCUGACCUACUUAGAUUUAUCCUUCAAUCAGCUUAGUGUCAUAGCAAAAGAAGUCUUCAUUAAUUGGCCCCUUUUCCAAAUAGCUGAGAAAGCCUGGGCAAAAGAAGGGAUGGUGUCAAAUGUGGUUUUGGGGCUGCAUGAUAAUCCCUGGUUGUGUGACUGCCGCCUCAAAGGCUUUGUGGAGUUCACCAGGGCAGUCAGCCCUCCCAUCAUCCUGAUGAACUCUUAUCUGAUGUGUUCAGGUCCAGCUCUCAAAGCUCACAAGUUUUUCCACGAGAUUCAGUUAAAAUCAUGCAUGAGGCCAGUGACCUCUGCCCCAGAAACCAACAUCACUUUACCUCUGGGAGCAAAUGCAACCCUAACAUGCUUAGUGAAGGGCAGGCCAGAGCCGACCAUUCAGUGGAUGUACAGUCUGAAGAUUAUAAGAGGAUUUGUUGCAUCACAGACAAACAUCGAUGAGGAGACCUUCUCUUCCCAGCUCCUGAUCCCCUCUCUUCAUCUGGCAGACCGAGGACUCUACACCUGCACGGCCAACAAUUUCAUUGGCAACUCCUCUGUCAACAUUACAGUUAACAUCACCUCUUCUGAUUCCUCCCUUCCUCUCCUACCGCCUGUCCCUAUGCUGUCAUCUGAGAAGAAUGCCUACAUUGAAAUACACAUAGCCAAACAGACAGUUUAUGGAAUUACCUUAGAGUGGCACGCAGCAACUGAAAAUCCUGCAGAAACUUGGUUCACCAUCCACUUUGGCAAAUAUGAUUCACCAAAGAAGGAAAUGAUCUACAUUGGCCCGGGCAUCAACAGUUACUCGGUCAGUAAUCUGCUUCCUGUCACCAAAUACGAGGUGUGUGUGACCCUGAAGAACCACCCACCAAGGGAAGGUCAGUGCAUUGUGUUUGUAACAGGAAGUGACAUUAGUGAGAUGGAGCAGAAAGAAAGGUUAAUCCACAUUAUAGUUAUUGUGUGCGCAAUGGUGCUGGCUGUGCCGGUUGGCAUGUAUGCCUGCACCACAGAGGCCAGGUUCAGCUGUGUGGACCGGUUUGUGGAUCUGUGGAGGAUGCACAGAAUGCAUGAUGAAAACCUGCAGGAGGGGGCGAGGCAGGGCACUUUUGACAGCCUGCAGGCAACCAGCGAUGAAGCUUUGUGCAAAAGUUCGAUGGAAAAGCCAACAAAGAGACGGAGGUCUGAGGAUAAGUGCAAAGGAGGAAGUGCAGCUUACCUGUACUAGCAUCAAAGUCAAAGUCAAGUCAACUGCAUUCAUAAUACAUUUCUACAUGAAGUUUAUUUGUAGUUUAAGUUUGUGCCUCUAAAUGUAUGUGUUACAGUUGAAUUACAAAGCUAAGUAUACUAUUUUCUAAAAUACAUGCACCAUUAUUUUUCUGGUUCACACUUUGAAGACUCUUCUGACCAUGUAAGUAAAAACAUUAAAAUAAAACUUUAAAAAAAUUUGAAUUGUACAUAUAUUAUAUGGUAAAAUAACAUUUGUUCAUGGGGUAAACAUGUUUUCCCUUUCAGUGUUGGACUUUUGUUAUAAUUCCUCUUUUUGACUUUGCUGCUUAUAUAAACUCAGACGCACACAUCCACUUUGAAUGUAUGUAUAUUGCAAGCUGUCACCUGAAAAUGGAGAUGCCUUUCUUCCUUGUUAAAUGGAGGGUUUAUUUUCUAUUUUAGUGUCACUUUGUGAAAUAAAAAAAUAAAUCGUGUGUAAUUAAGUUAUCAUGCAGUAUUGCAAUAUGAUGUUGUGGAUUGUACGUGUGUUUCUGGCCUGCUUUGAUUUACUUUGUCUUGAAAAUGUUUUUAAUCUUUUUGUGUUUUCUCUUAAGGACUGCAGAUUUAUUAUGACUGAAUGAAAUGCGUUUGAUGUGGAUUAAAAAGAAGUCAAAGACAAA